CGUAGCGCACCUGUGAGUGCGCUCUGCCGACCCUGCGCGCACUACGCGCGAGAAGCGUGAUGCUCAGGCAUAAGCGGUUCUCAUCCCAGUGCAAGAUGAUGUCUCAGUAUGCUGCUGGAUAGUGUGAUGGAGCCGCCGCUACUGCUGCACCUGUUGCUACUCUUGCUGAUAGCUGCAGGCAACGCUAUAAACCCAGGCUGCGAGUGCGUGCUGUUCACGAGCACAUUUGGAAAGGAGUUCGGCGCCUUCAGCAGCCCCGACUACCCGCGGCCCUACCCAGCAGACAUCGACUGCCUGCUCUACACCUUCGUGGGCGGGCCGCACGACGUCGUGCACAUCGUCUUCGUCGACUUUGACGUCCAGAAGACGCAUCUCGAGUGUUCCCGUGGAGACCACGUGGAGGUGUUCCUGUCGCUGGGCCCAGCUGCACGCGCUGAGGUGAGCGAGCGCACGGUGGCGUCUGGCGUGCUGUGCGGCGGACUGCGAGACGUGCCUACCACUCUGUACAGCCAGGGCCCGGCACUGGUCCUCGCCAUGCACUCCGACUCCUCACCAGGAAACAACUCUGGCUUUCUGGGACGCUUCAGAUUCCUCGACAGGCGCUCGUUCCGGUCGGACGGCCGGCCAGUGCUGGGCACGGAGUGCGACCAGCUGUUCUCCAGCGGCGACGGCCCCCGCAGCGGCCGCUUCUUCUCGCCACGCUACCCCUCCAGCUACCCCAGCAACACCACCUGCAAGUACUACUUCAGGGCCAGGGACAAUGAACGUAUUCGUCUGGUGUUUGAAGAAGUGUCCCUACAGAAAGGAGACGUCAGCUGCCUGGAGAGCCCGGAUAUGGUGUCGGUUUUCGACGGCCCCAGUCCGUCGGCGGCGGCCGUCGCAGUGCUGUGCGACGAGGCGUCGCACCUUGAGGUGCUGUCCACCGGCUCCAGCCUCUACGUGGAGCUGACGGCGCGCUCGCGCUGGCCCGGACAGGGCUUCCGUGCCUCCUUCCAGUUCCAGGGGCCGGGGGACGCCAGCCACGCCACAGGCUCGGCGGACCCGCGCUCGUGCGACGUGACGGUGGACAGCGACGGGCGGCAGACCGGGUUGGUGCAGUCGCCGCGGUUCCCGGCGCCCUACCCCGCCACCAGCCGCUGCCGCUACGAGUUCGUGGGCCGCGGCCGCCAGCGCGUCCGCCUGCUCUUCACCGACUUCCGGCUGGGCCCGCCCGACGCCUCAACCACAGAGUGCGACGCGGUGGACGCGGUGUCGGUGCUGGCGUGGUCGGAGGGCCGCCAGGAGCAGGUGUGGAGCGCGUGCGGCGCCGGCCUGCACCAGCCGCCGCUGCAGCAGCCCCUCAUGUCCAGCGGGCCGCGCCUCACCCUGGAGCUGCGCGCCAGGGGCUCCGGUGGCGUCGGCUUCCAGGCCAGAUACACCUUCGUCAACAACCUGGGCGUGUCCUCGGUGGGCGGCCGGCAGCUGUCGGCGUGGCCGUGCGCCUUCUCGUUCAACAGCAGCGUGGCGUCCGCGGGCCGGCUCUCCAGCCCCAACUUCCCCGGACUCUAUCCCCGGGACACCGAGUGCCACUACUUCUUCCACGGCCGGCCCGGACAGAGGGUCGCGGUGCGCUUCCACUACUUCGACGUCGAAGGCGUGGAGCCGUGUGAAGCGGUGUCGGCCAGCGACUACGUGGAGCUGUCCAACUACAUGGGCCGCGACCGCAAGUUCCCGCGCUUCUGCGGCCAGAGGCGAGGGUUCGACGCCGUCUCGGACGGCAAGUACUUUCGGCUGACGUUCCGCUCCAACGGUCGCCUGGACGCGACGGGAUUCAACGCCAGCUUCCGUUUCUUCGGCCCCGGAACCGACAGCCGGCCCGCCAGGAGGGAGCAAGACCAGGAGGCCGCCGCAGCGAGGGCCUCCGGUUGCGUGGGCCUGUGGGCGCUUGCUGUGCUGGUCAGCAGGCUUCUGGAGCGGUCUUGCUCCACACCGUCACAUUGGACCGUGGUCUGAGGAGUGCCACACACACAUAUCACACACGCAAGAGGGAGCUUCUCUGCACUUCACAACCGACAAUACAAUAAUGAACGCUGUUUCGUCAGCUCGGCCCUCAGGAGCAGCAAUGUUUGUACUCUACCGUUUUAUAUGACAAUUUUGUACAAAAUUCUGAUAAAAAAUUGAAAACCUGGUAGAAAAUAUCGACCGUUUUU